AUGAGUGUUGAUACAUAUGGCCCUAGUUCUCAAACUUUAACUUUUUUGGAUACGGAAGAGGCUGAUCUUAUUGGAGCUGACACGCAGGGUUCAGAGUUUGAUUUUACCGAUUUUACUUUACCAUCUCAAAGUCAAACGCAAGCUUCUCAGUUAGACGUAGGUCCGAGUCAAAUUUCUCAAGUCCAGGUUAAUAAAAUAGGAGGACCAUCUGUUAUUGGAAUUGACAAUGGAGUUAAUUCGGUUACAAAUGCUUUGGGAGAUUUACAAUUUGAGGAGGAAGAAGAAGAAGGAUAUUAUAAUAAAGAACUACCUGCAUUCGCUUGCAAAUAUUGUGGAAUACAUGACCCAAAUUGUGUUGUGAUGUGUAAUGUCUGCAAAAAAUGGUUUUGUAAUGGCAGAGGUAGUACAUCUGGAUCCCACAUAAUAAAUCAUUUAGUGAGAGCUAAGCACAAGGAAGUAACCCUUCAUAAAGAUGGUCCUCUUGGUGAAACAGUUUUAGAAUGCUAUGCUUGUGGAGUUAGAAAUGUUUUUGUUUUGGGAUUUAUUCCUGCUAAAGCUGAUUCAGUUGUGGUUUUACUUUGUAGGCAGCCCUGUGCUGCACAAACUUCUUUAAAGGACAUGAAUUGGGAACAAGAGCAGUGGAAACCUUUAAUUUUAGAUCGCAGUUUUUUGACUUGGCUGGUUAAAUCUCCAUCCGAAACUGAACAGCUUCGUGCUAGACAAAUAUCUGCAGUUCAGAUAAACAAACUUGAAGAAUUGUGGAAAGAUAAUGUUGAUGCUACAUUUCAAGAUCUUGAAAAGCCAGGAGUUGAUGAAGAACCUCAACAAGUAUUAUUAAGAUACGAGGAUGGCUUUCAAUAUCAAAACAUAUUUGGACCACUUGUUAAAUUAGAAGCUGAUUAUGAUAAAAAAUUGAAAGAAUCACAAACUCAAGAUAAUGUUGAAGUUCGUUGGGAUGUUGGUUUAAAUAAAAAAACUAUAGCUUAUUUUACUCUUGCUAAACAAGAUGGAGGCAAGUUUAUACUUUCAAAGAAUAUGAAAUUAAUGCAUGGAGAUGAAUUGCGCCUUCGUUAUUUGGGCGAACUUCAUAAACAGUGGUCAGGAGUUGGCCAUGUAAUUAAAGUACCUGACAAUUAUGGUGAAGAAAUUGGGAUAGAGCUCAAAUCGGGGGCUGGAGCCCCAACAGAAUGUACAUCUAAUUUUGUUGUAGAUUUUGUUUGGAAAUCCACAUCUUUUGACCGAAUGCAGCUUGGUCUUCGCAAAUUUGCAGUCGAUGAUUCCUCUGUAUCCGGUUAUAUUUACCAUCGUUUAUUGGGCCAUGAUUAUGAGGAAGUAUUACUAUCUAGAGUUCAAAUACCAAAACAUUUUUCUGCUCCUAAUUUACCUGAUUUAAAUAGAUCGCAGGUUUACGCAGUUAAACAAGCUUUACAAAGACCUUUAUCGUUAAUACAAGGUCCACCUGGUACAGGGAAAACUGUUACAUCUGCAACAAUUGUGUAUCACUUAGCUCGACAACCCACUGGAGCCGUUCUUGUUUGUGCUCCGAGCAAUAUUGCAGUUGAUCAAUUAACCGAAAAAAUUCAUAGAACGGGAUUAAAAGUUGUACGUCUUUGCGCCAAAAGUAGAGAAGCCAUUGAUUCUCCAGUUAGUUUUUUAGCGCUUCAUAAUCAAAUUCGCAAUAUGGACAGUAACACCGAUCUAAAAAAACUACAACAAUUAAAAGAUGAAACAGGAGAAUUGUCUAGUUCUGAUGAAAAACGAUACAGAAUGUUGAAAAAGUCUUCAGAAAAAGAAAUGUUGGAAGCUGCAGAUGUAAUUUGUUGUACUUGUGUGGGUGCUGGAGAUCCUAGAUUAGCGCGUCUUAAAUUUCAUUCGAUUCUUAUUGAUGAAAGUAUGCAGAGUACGGAACCAGAAUGCAUGGUUCCUGUCGUUUUGGGAGCUCGUCAGCUCAUAUUAGUAGGAGACCAUUGUCAACUUGGGCCUGUAGUAAUGUGCAAAAAAGCAGCCCGAGCCGGAUUAUCUCAAUCUUUAUUCGAGAGAUUAGUCGUUCUUGGAAUUAGGCCUUAUCGCCUUGAGGUUCAAUAUAGAAUGCAUCCUGAAUUAUCUCGAUUUCCUUCUGAUUUCUUUUACGAAGGCUCGCUGCAAAAUGGUGUUUGUUCAGAGGAGCGAAAACUUGCCAAAGUAGAUUUUCCGUGGCCUGCAAACGAUAAACCAAUGCUUUUUUAUGUGACAACUGGUCAAGAAGAAAUUGCCGGUUCUGGAACCAGUUAUUUAAAUCGAACAGAAGCGUCUAACGUAGAAAAAAUUGUUACCAAAUUUUUAAGAGCUGGUAUUAAGCCGGAGCAGAUUGGUUUGAUAACACCUUAUGAGGGACAAAGGGCUUAUUUGGUUCAAUUUAUGCAAUAUCAAGGAUCUUUACAUUCAAAAUUAUAUCAAGAAAUAGAAGUCGCAAGUGUUGACGCUUUUCAGGGACGAGAAAAAGAUAUUAUUAUUAUGUCUUGCGUUCGAUCAAAUGAACUUUUAGGUAUUGGUUUUCUUAAUGAUCCUAGACGAUUAAAUGUAGCUUUGACGCGAGCCAAGUAUGGAAUAAUAAUUAUAGGAAACCCAAAAGUUUUAUCCAAGCAACCUCUAUGGAAUCACCUUUUAAACUUUUAUAAAGAACAAAAAGUUUUAGUUGAAGGUCCGUUAAAUAAUUUAAAAGAAUCGGCUAUUCAGUUCGCUAAACCUAAAAAACUAGUAAAUUCUGCUAACCCGGGAACCCAUUUCAUGAGUACAACCAUGUACGAUGCAAGGGAAGCUAUCGUACCUGGAUCGGUAUACGACAGAACAGGACAAAUGAAUGGAAAUUCUUAUUAUCAGCGACAAACCGGAAUGGGCUUGGAAUUGUACGGUCGCACCCAUGAUCCAAUGAAUUAUAUAUCUCCCGAAAGAGCUCAAGCUGCUAUGGCUAACAUGCCAGUUCCCAUGGGUAUGUUUAUGAACAUGUCGCACGUUCCUCCUAGAUUUUACAACCUACAGCAAGCUGCUCAAGCUCGGCAAAAUCAACGAAAUAAAGUGGUGAGUCGAAAUAAUAAAAUAAACAAAAAAAGUGGAUUGAGCCAGGGGCUAACGAUUUCACAAGAAGCUACUCAACCCUACAGUCAAGGUGUCAUGUCUCAACCUGGAAUGUCGCAAGGAAUGUCUCAACCGGGUUUGAGUCUGUCACAAGAAAGUUGCAUUGUCGGUGACUUUCAAUCACAAAUGGAUGGUUUAUUGUCUCAGGACUCUACGUAUCAAGGAGAUCGUUCGGGGUUCUUUACUGGCCCUCCUCAAUUUUCACAGGUAUAA